GUUUCGUUUUUGUUUUCUUUGAGAAUAAUAUUCCUAAAUAACAAAUAAAGAGUAUUUAUUUAUGUAUAAAAUGUAAUUCAGUGAACGCAAAGUGUAACUUACCAUAAGUGCAAGUGUUAGUUUUAAGUUGUGUGCACUCUAGAUAGCUUAAAGUUGUGCUUCGAUUUUGCGUAGGUUUUAUAUUGAAAGCGUGCAAAUGAAGCCUGGAAAAAGUGCGGACGUGCGGGAGGAGAUUGUGGAAGUUCAUUCCGUGGCUAGGUCUCCUUCUCCAAGGCACAAAACGAAGUCACGAUCGAGAAGUAGGUCCGGGUCGCGAAAAUUGUCCAACGGGCACUCAGAGGCUCCAGAAGUCGUAGAAACUCCUGCACCCGAUGAACAGACUGAACGGUCUAAGCGUGACAGCUGGAUCAAGUCUGAGCAAGAAUCUUUAGACAUAGAACUGCCUAUUCACGAUCAAAUCAAGCAAGGCAUCUUAGGAUUUGUUGAAAAGGAAAUUAAGAAGUCUGAUAAGAAUCCCUCGUUCGUAUUUUAUUCUCACGAUCCUACUGGUUUGGAUGAAAAGUUCAUGAAGAAUUUGUCCCGGCCAUCAAGUGGUCAUAAAGAAAAGAGGAGCCCGUCAUAUAGAAAGAAAAAGAGGCAUUCAUCAAAGCAUAGAGAUAGAGAUUUGCAUGAUUUUGAAAUACCUGGUUCCAGUCUUAGUGCAUUAGAAAAGGUUGAUGACUAUUUAAAAGAAUACAACAAGGAUGAGGUAGUAACUCUAAGUGGUGAACUAGAGAUAGAAGCGAAUGAUGUAGAAAAUAACAAUGGGUCCUCAAAAGAGCACAAACCUAGAAAGACUCGACGGAAAGUGAGGGACGAGAGGCAAGAUACAAAUGCAAAUGGGAGUGAUGUUAGUCCGAAGGUGUUUAAGGCUGGGAGUAAAAGUAAAGGAGGGAAACCAGCGCGACCGACAGACUUGUCCGCGAUGCUGGAAACUCUUGAAUCCAGUAUGCCGUACCAUGACCAGUAUAUUGACAACCCAUUCUCCUCACCGUCACCUCUCACAUCACCCAAUGAUGAGAGGCUCAACCCGUUCGGAUCUCGGAGGCCAGAGAAAAUCUACUUGCAGGGUGGAGGCACCUUCAGAGCUGUGUCUAGGGACAGAAUUUUAGAGUCACAGCAGUCUAGAAAUGAAGAUAAAUACUUGAGACUAGGCGACCUGACGCCACUGGAUGUAGCAUUGACAGCACAGAAGGCCUGGCGCAGUUGUGCGUACGCGUGUCACGGCGUUCUAGGCGGUGUGUCGCUCAUGCAUCUACUGCUGAUCAGCUAUUCUGACAGUUUGGACGCUGGCCAUCUGUCCUUCCACGCUGUAGUGACUAUGCCAUACGUCGCUACGUACUACUUUCUUUGUGUGCUGUGUCUGCUCUCUGUUUUGGAUAGGCUAGACGUAACAAGUUUGGACCUGAGCCGGGGGCUGCAGCCGUACUUUCAGCCCAUCGUGCUAGUGAUCCUCUACAUGGCGUGCCUACUAGUCUGCACGGCUGCCCGCAUGUACGACGACCUUAUGGUGUAUCAGUACGCGCCUUUGGUCGCCAACUACACCAAUGUUACCACUUACGCGCCUUUGGUCGCCAACUACACCAAUGUUACCACUGUAAGUUAA